AUGACUGCAGUAGCCACCCCUCCGACCUUCCCCCAACUCGCACGACCAGCAUGGGGAACUAUUAGCGGCAGCAAUUCGAUGGAUCCCGACGAAGUAAGAGGCAUGUUCGCGCCGCGUAAGCAGCUUUCCAGGACAAACUCUGCCUCAUCGCUGUCUUCCAGCUCGUCGAUUACGUCCGUCGCCACGAAUGGUUCACAAUCGAAUGGUAGCUCGCUGUCGGCCACUUCAGAUUUGAGCCAGUGGUCAGCCUCGACUGCAUCUCGAAAGAGGCCUCAACCAAAAGGUCCUUGGUCAGCUGGCAAGGCUGACACACAAUCGGACUACCCAAAAGUACCUCAUAACCGAUCAAACGGCAUGGCAGCUCCUCACAACGGGAUUCAGCUGGGUCCCGGCCCAAAUGUAAUGGUCCAGCAGCAGCAGCAGCAGCAGCAGCAGCAGCAGCAGCAGCAGCAACAACAACACCAACAACAACAACAACAACAACAACACCAACAACAGAUGAUGCUAGGUCCGAUGAGUUCGGAGCAGUUUCCACCAAGCCAACCGGUUCUGUAUCUACUUUCUCUCAACGGAACAUUUGAGAGAAAGACUAUUGCUGUUCCCUUUGCCCCCGACAGCCUCAGGAUCGGUCGGCAGACGAAUCAGAAAACAGUCCCCACGGCUACAAACGGCUUCUUUGACAGCAAGGUUUUGUCGAGGCAGCACGCCGAGAUUUACGCAGAACGAAAUGGAAAGAUUUUCAUUCGCGAUGUCAAGUCUUCGAAUGGCACGUUUGUGAAUGGCACACGUCUUUCGCAGGAAAAUCGCGAAUCCGAACCGCACGAGCUGCAGACGGCCGAUCACCUGGAGCUCGGCAUCGACAUUGUGAGCGAGGACCAGAAGACGGUGGUGCACCACAAAGUGGCCGCAAAAGUCGAGCAUGCAGGAUUUCUGAGCAACACAAACAAUGUUCUGGACAUGAACUUUGGCGAUCUGGAUCCCGCCAACGGGACCAUGCUGAUACCCAACGGGCCGCUUCAGAUGCGUGGUCGGCAAGGUGGCAAUAUGGGCACGGGUAACAACGGUGCUCGGAUGAUGAACAACAAUGGCGGCACGAACGGACACAUGAACGGGAUGUCGCAGCAAAGGUCAUUCUUUUUGGCCCCCAUCGCCACGGAUCAAAUCCUGAAGCGGCUAGCCUCGGAAUUGAGAAACGCGCGGUUGCAAGCUCAGGAUCUGGGUCGGACGAAUCAGUUUGUCAACACACUGCUCAGCAAGGAGGACGUCAAGGACCUGGAAAAGUCGGAGAUGCCGGAACCGGCGAAGCUGCGACAGCCGCAGCCUUCGGUGAACGGAGGGCUACCGUUUCGAUCUGAUGCAAAGACUCGCUUCUCGGAACCCCCAGCACCGCCGCCCCAACAGCCUUUACCGGAGAAGCCUGAUGUGCCGUCGCUAAAGAGGGGGGGCCCGUCUGAGCGGCCGAAAUCCGGGCCGCCCAACUCCGCAGCAGCGCGACAGGAAAACCUGAACCAAAUCAUCCAGCUUACAGAGGCUUUGAACAAUGCCAAGCGAGAUAUGGACACUCAGUCUGCACGGAUGCGGGAGCUAGAAGCGAUGCUUCAAAAAGAACGAGCUGCUCGCGAGCUCGCAGAGGAUGUGGCAAAACGCCUCGAGGCGUCGGCAAACACACAGGUCGACGACUUGUUCAAGGCCCAACCCGACACCACUGUCAUGGAUGAUGAUGAUGCCGCAGAAGCGGUACAGGAGUUUGCGUCAAAGCUAGUCCAGGCCAGAGAGGCUCUUGCUGGUGAGAAGCAGGAGCAAGAGACACGGGCUGGAGACGCAGAAGCCAAAGAAGUGGCUGCGGCGCUGCAGUCUCGGGUUGACAACAUGGGUGAGCAGAUGAAGGAUAUGCGCGAGCAGCUCCAACAGUGGAAGCAAAGAUGCGAAUCCGCGGAGCGGGAAAGAGAUGAGAGCACAAGAUCGCUAGCAGAGAUGGUAUCACAGCUCCGAGCUGAGGAGGCCAAGCGAGUUGCCGCCGCCGCCGCCGCAGCAGCAGCAGCAGCAGCAGCAGGUGAGAGACGGCGGUCACGAUCACGCAAAACGAGGGUAGACUCGAGGGAGAGGGCGGCGGCAGAAGACGAACAGAUGGCUGCAGCAGCGGUCCCGGAGCACGACUCGACGGCCGGCGACGAACUGGACGACGGGGCGACGCUGUCGAGAGCAAGCACCAUGACGCCACUACCCUCGUCACGGAGAGGGUUCGGCCCGGGCGACCAGGCCUUGCAAGCAGGGCUGCCCUAUGCAUCCAUGCUUGGCGUUGUAUUCAUCGGCAUGGGACUGAUGGCUUACAUCAAUGGUUGGCAGCCUGCACCGCCGAGGGUAGAACGAUGA